UUAGUACCAAAGACUGAAUCAUACAGCAUUCAACGAGUACCCGAUUACUACCUUUGAUUUCAACGAAUAAAAAAUAUUGACUGGAAUUCCAGAUAUUUAUGAAAAUUCCUCGUGUUUAAUACAUUUGAAGUAAACAAGUAGAGUGUGAUAGACUUUCUAUUCACUCACGAGUAUCUUAUCGGAUAACUAUCAAUACGUUGAGAUAAGAUAAAACUGGCAGAAACCCCCAAUUCUCAUGUCACUAUGCCUUGUAGUAGGCAGAGUGAGAUGACUGGACAUGUGGGGAACUACGUGAAAUUCCUCAAGAAUCUGCACACUGAGCAAGUCGCGAAACUUCAGCUAAAGAAUCAGCAUGAGUGCGAUUUGCUGGAGGAUAUUCGGCAAUUCACUAUCAAACGCUCGGCCAUCGAGAAGUCGUACAGCGAAGCGCUACUCAAGAUCUCGUCCGCAUACCUAAAUAAGAAGAUCCCAAAUAUUCCGGACAUCAAAGUUGAUGGGAUGGAGGAGAGAUGGAAUAUGUGGAGUGUGUGGCGAACUGUCCUCGAGGAAAAUGAAAAAUUGGCCAGGGCGCGACUAGCAGCUAUCGAAGUCUUCCAGCAGCAGAUAGCGGACGAGGCGAAAGUUCUGCGCGACUAUAAACUACAAAUAAGUAAGAAAUGCCUGAAUCAAUUGGCCAACAUCCAAAAGGAGCUCCAAGUAACAGUGAGCGAAGUAGAUAAAACGAAGAAACAAUAUUUCGACGAAGAGCACUGCGCUCAUGAUGUUCGAGACAAAGCUCGUGAUAUUGAAGAAAAGUUGAAAAAGAAGAAAGGAUCCUUUUUCCAAUCCAUCACAUCACUACAGAAAAACAGCGCUCGAGUCACAACUCGCAAGGAGCAACUGGAGGAGAAAUCAACGGGGGCUCGAAACGACUAUCUUCUAAGCCUGGCGUCUGCUAAUGCACACCAAAAUCGUUACUUUACCGUGGAUUUGCAAACAACGAUGACCUCCAUGGAAAACUACGUAUUCGAACGGAUCGCAGAAUACCUAACCCUCAUGGGACGCACUGAACUUUUGACUUGCUCAGCAACUCAGAAUUCCUUUGGAAAAAUACGAGACCAAGCGCAACAACUCUCUAGGGAAUACAAUCUUCAAUGCUGCUAUCUUUUCUACCCGGUUCUGAAACAGCACAUUCAAUAUGAUUUCGAGCCGUGCGAUAACGACCCGGUUUUCAAAAUUACUGCCGAACAUGAUUCAGCUGCAGAUACUCUGGCACGUGAAGCUAAGAUGCUGGCAGCGCGAGUGGUUCGUGAAAAUAAUUCUAUUCGUGAGAAUGCUAGAAAGUUGGCUAUAUGUGUUUCGAUGCGUGAUUCUGGACAGAAGACAGAUCCGAAUGAUCCGAAUGGGCCGGAUUUGGAUACAAAGAUCGAAGAAUUUAGGGAGCUGAUAAGAAAGUCGGAAACCGAGAAAGCUCGUGCUGAGGCGUGUCUAGAGUGUCUUCGAGCUGGUGGAAUUAAUGUUGAUGAGUGGGUACAGGAAGCAGAAUCUCUUGGUGUACAUGAGUUGACUCGAUCAGCGAGCUCGAUAUCGAUGAGGACAGAUGCAUCUGGACAAGGGGAAAAUCCCAGUUCAGAUUCGUUCUACGACAGUGAUAAUGCCGAACAGGAAACUCAACCAUCAGGUUCCGCAUUACAAGAUGAUAGGGAUAUGAAUAAGGAUCAGUUAUCGCAAGAUGGGGAUGUAGAUGUUGAACAAGAGAGGCAAACGAUUGAACAACUUACCGCCGGAUGGGAAGAUCCUACUGAAGUUGACUGGAGCACCGAAGAUACAACCGUUCCUGAAGCAGCUCCAGCCCCGAAGGAUCCGAUAUUUAAGUGCACUGCAAUUUAUAGUUACACGGCUCAAAAUCCGGAUGAGUUAUCUAUCGUAGAGAACGAGCAACUAGAGGUGAUUGGUGAAGGCGACGGAGAUGGAUGGUUGCGGGCUCGAAACUAUAAAGGUGAAGAAGGCUACGUCCCUCAUAAUUAUUUGGACGUGGAACAGGACUCUGUGGCGGAAACAGGCCAAAAUCAGCUCCAAACUCAAAUCUCCUUCUCAUCGGUCGACUAUACAGUCGACAAUGAGGAUCAAACUCAAGAUUCAGUACAAUCACCUGACCAAGUAUCUGUUAUAAUGGCUCCUGGAAAGAAGAAAUCUAGUCAAGAAUAUUGCAUUGCUUUGUAUGAUUAUGACGCUACUGCACAAGAUGAGCUUACGUUCGAAGAAGGCCAAAUAAUCAAGAUUAUAACAAAAAGUGCACAUGGAGUUGAUGAUGGCUGGUGGGAAGGUGAACUGGAUGGUAAAGUAGGAAAUUUCCCAUCUCUAGUAGUAGAAGAGUGUGACGAAAAUGGUGAGCCACUAACUGAAGAAGGAGCCGAGUCUCCACUGGCCCAGCUUCCGCCAGGCCUUUCACUUCCAGCUCCACCUGCGUUACCCGCGGAAUAUGCAGAUUCUUUGAAUGAGAAGUUACAAGAUCUUCACGAUUUGCAAGAGGCUGAACAGGAAUAUGAUAAUGUCCCGCAAAUGCCACCACCAGUACUUGUGCAAGAAGACGUUGAGGAAGAGGAAUCGGGACAAAGUCAUCGAAGUUCUCAGGCACCAGAAGCCGAUUCGAGCAAAUCACAAAUGAGUCUGGGAAUAGGAGGAAUGGCACAAAUUAUCGUUACAGCAGCUACUCCAAUGGUGGAUGAUGGUGACAAAUCAUUCCCGCCGAAAUCAUCCUCAGCGACUGAAGCUAGUUCGGAAUCCGAUCAAGCAACCACUAAAUCGACCGGUGUCAAAGAAAAGCAAAAAACCGAAGAACCAGCCCCGGAGGAGAGCCUGCCUGACCAGCAAUCUGAAGUGUCUGUGAUUGUAACAGAGCAACCACCGUCACCACCAGCCGAGCAAGAGACGAAAACCCCGGUGGAAGAGGAAAAACCUGCAGCUCAGGAGGUUCAGGAUGAAAACCAUUUUGAAGCUAACUUUGAAGCCAAUUUCGAUGCUAACUUUGAUGAUGCGUUUGGAGCCGAGACGGAUUCGCCCAAACAAGUCGUUGGUGGGAGAGCUAGUAUACCGGAGGAGUUGGCUCCCCAUCAGUUAGCCCGUUUGCAGGACUUGAAGGAAUCGAACGCAUAAAGAGUUCUCAUAUUCUGUAGCUACUAUUGAACAUUAUUAUAGUGUUAACAAUAUGAUUAUAUAUUUUCUGUGCAUAUUACACGCAGCGUUAGAAACGGGUUGCGAGUAAUUAGGAUGCGGGUAGGCUAGGGUCUCACCAGGUCUUCUAAAUAAAACCCGCGAAUAUCAGACGUAGUCAUGUGGGAGCUGCGUGGAACCCGGAGAAAAUCAGUUCUUGUUGACUGUAAAUUGCGUUAACUUAUUACAGAUAAUGUUGAUUGGAUCUAGUUAAUAUUGUUUCCGGUUCGGAAGAAAUAGUGAUGAAUUGACGAUUAAGCUUGAGUGUAAAUUCGAUUAAGAUGGGGAUUUAGGAGUUUAUGAUUACGAUAUUUUCGAUAGUUCUCAUGCUUUGAAAUAUUAUAUUGUACUCAUGAAAGUAUAUUAUCAAAAGUGAAUAAAUAUUACCAUUGCAAAUCAUACAAUCUCUCGUUAUAGAAUAAAUUAAAAUAAUUCUCUCAGUGAAACAAUCCUCUCCUACCUUUGAUAUUAUAAAACAACUGAAUACUGAACAUUGUUUACCUGUGGAGACAGACUUAAGGGAAACUAAUUAAUUAUCAGUAAACGGACAUAGAUAAUGGAAAAAAAACAACUGCUUUUGUUGCAAGGAAAGGUCGUAUAUUAUUAUAUAUUGAAUAUCCCUAGUGCAUGUAAAUCUAUCACAAGAGUUUAUAGAAAAAAAAACUAAAAGCAAAAAUAUGUAUUAGCAAAUAUUCGCCAUGUAUAUGUACUCAGCAGUACUUAGAUAAAAAUUGUCGUGUACGUCGCCCACGUCACCUUGAAACUACUUACAUAUAAACAUUCAUAUUAUUACUUAUGCCUUGCUGCCUUGUGUAAACUUUAAACCAAGUUUCAUAAACAAAAAUCAAGUCUUACUUUACAUUCGACUCCUUUCAUAGAACGUCUGAGAAACCUUCCUUUCACCCUUUAUUGCGUACGGAUAAGUCUUAACAUUAUUUGGGGAUUCCCCGAUUCAAAAUGACUGCUCUUUAGUUUGUAAGAGGCUUCGAUGUAUUGUGUAUAAUUUUAUUAUAAUUAUAAAAACGGUGACCGGAUUCCGAGUCACAGAUUUUAGGGAAUAUCGUAUAUAUCUAAAUGUUACGCCUAUCUAGCACAUACGCUCGUACAUACAUAGUAUUCCUGCCAACGUAUUAUAUUUUCUAUUGAGACGUUGAAAUCAUUUCAACCUCAAAUGAUAUUUUUUUUUUCAAUUCUCGGGAAGGGCAUGGACAAGGCGAAAGUCGAGGAUGAGAGCGACCUAAUUUUAAAGCAAAGCAGAUUCGAAUAUUUUCAGGACAUCUGAGCGGGUGUCCUUAGUUUUUUGCGGAAAUUUAUUUUUUUAGAUAAUUUGAAUGUAUGGCUGGCAAUAAAAUAAAAAAUAGUUUCACACAGCAAACAUACACACAUGUACAAUUAAUAUUCUAAGUUCUGGAAUACGCUUAAAAUCUUAUCAUGCUAUUAUUUAGCGAAAUAAGUACGUGAAUAAUUGUUGAAGGAAUUUCAAAUUUAGUUUAGUUUUCAGUUGCAGUGAAUGGAGGACAUUUAGUUGUAAAAGCACGUAAUCCAGUAAAUUAUCAAUCUUAAUUAUAAUUAUAUGAACUUGUGACUGUCAAUUGACAAAUAUGUAAAAAAUUGUACAUUGCUAAUUUAAUGAAAAAAAAAAAGAUAUUUUUUUUUCUGUUCAGAAAAAAAGUUAUAUUUAUAUGCAACUCGAUGCAUAGACACAUUAUGUAAACUGUUACUAAGUUCUAAUUUGAAAUUGAACAAGAGAAAUGACGAAUGAUGUAGCACAUUAAUAAAUUGAAGGUUCUUAGUUUCUGGGAAA